AUGCUAAGACCAGCCUACAAAUCUCUAGUGAAGACAUCACUGCUACAAAGACGGCUAAUAUCGUCAAAGGGCUCAAAGCUGUAUAAACCUUCUCCGGACUCAACAGGUACAAUCCUGAUGUCUGAAGAACCCUUGGUGGCGGCUUCGUCCUCCACCACGUCUCCUCCAUCAGGCAUAAUAGACACAAAUGACUUUUCUCUAUUCAACAACAACAACAGGAAGAACAGCAGCAGCAACAGUAGCACGCCUUACCAGUGGAAAAAUUCCUCAGACUUAGAUUUUGAUCCCUUUAACAAAUCACAUGCCUCAGCAAUAACCACGAUGACAAGAACCAGGGACGUUAUGCAAUUAUGGUCGCUGUUGGAGGCUUGUUUACAAUCCAACCUAAUGAAAAGAGCAUUCUCCAUAUUGGAAUCCUUGUAUUUAGUGCCUGAACACAAACAGAGGUUCAUUGAAGACUAUAACAUGUAUUUAAAUGCAUUUUCCAGGAACGAACCAAAUUUUCCCAUUUUAAAGAUGAACGAAAAACUAACGAAUGAUUUGGAGACGAACUUUAAAGAUAUCAACUAUAAUGACAAGACUCUGGCAAUAAUGAUUCAUCACUCCUUAAGAUUUCAUGCAUCCGCAAGUUCAAUGCUUCUGAAGCCUACAAUUUCCGCUUAUUUCAAAAUGAGCGUAAACGGAAUCAGGGAAAUUUUAUCAAACCUAGAUAUUCUGACCAUCUCAGAUCUAAAUCUCUUGGUAAAUGACCUAAGAGUCAUAUCACUAUCGCAGCUACCAAGUUCGGUUAAACCAAUAUUGGAGUCCCUUGCACCGUCUUCUUCGCCUGUAAAUAAUAACCAAAACGAAGAUGGCUCAAAAAACCUGGAAGCUGAGAACAAUUCAAAGAAUGAGAAAAACUUGGAUGCAAGUCUUGGUUCUAUGAAGACACCUUCUUUAGAAUCUCUCCGGGAUGUCCCAUUAGGUGGCUCAACGGGAGUUUUACCAAAAGAUGCCGAAAAGCUCAUAGCUGUAGAUACUAUUGGAAUGAGAGUUAUCAGACAUACUUUAUUGGGAUUAUCAUUAACGCCUGAGCAAAAAGAGCAAAUAUCUAGAUUCAAAUUCGACGCCAACGAAAACGUUCUAAAUAUGAAGCCAACGAAAGAUGGCGAUGACAGUGAUACUUCUAUAAAUUUUUUUGAAAUCUACAAUUCUUUGCCAUCAUUAAAAGAGAAAAAGGCGUUUGAAAGUGCAUUAAAUACUUUUAACCAAGAUAGGCAAAAAGUUUUAGAAAAUCGUGCAACAGAAGCUGCGAGAGAACGUUGGAAGCACGAUUUUGAAGAGGCAAAGGCUAGGGGUGAUAUUUCUAUUGAAAAAAACUUAAAUGCUAAAUUGUGGAAAUGGUAUAAUAAUAUGUUGCCUUUAGUUCAGGAAGAAAUUAAUCAUUGUAAAUCACUGUCAUUGGAAAGACCUUCCCCUUCCGAUAAGAAACAUUUAAAUAAAGUUGAAACAAACCGUCUUGACUAUGGCCCAUACCUAACUCUGAUUGACCCAGGAAAAAUGUGCGUUAUUACGAUUUUGGAAUUAUUAAAAUUAAAUUCCACAGGCGGUGUUAUUGAAGGUAUGAGAACUGCAAGAGCGGUUAUAUCAGUGGGUAAGGCCAUUGAAAUGGAAUUCAGGUCUGAACAAGUCUUGAAAAGUGAAUCUCAGACAUUUAGAGAUGUCAAUAAAAAAUCGCCAGAAUUCAAGAAACUGGUACAGAAUGCUAAAUCCGUAUUUAGAUCAUCACAAAUUGAACAGUCAAAGAUUUUAUGGCCCCAGAAUAUUAGGGCCAAAAUUGGUUCUGUGUUAAUAUCGAUGUUGAUUCAUGUUGCAAAAGUUUUUGUGCAAGGUGUUGAUCCCAUAACAAAAGCUAAAGUCCAUGGUGAAGCUCCAGCUUUUGCACAUGGUUACCAAUACCAUAAUGGUUCUAAAUUAGGUGUUUUGAAGAUUCACAAGACUUUAAUUCGUCAAUUAAACGGCGAAAGAUUAAUUGCAUCUGUUCAACCACAAUUACUACCAAUGUUGGUUGAGCCUAAGCCAUGGGUCAACUGGAGGUCAGGUGGAUACCAUUACACGCAAUCCACUCUUUUAAGAACAAAGGACUCGCCUGAGCAAGUCGCAUAUUUGAAAGCUGCUUCUGAUAAUGGUGACAUAGAUCGCGUUUAUGAUGGUUUAAAUGUGCUGGGUGAUACGCCUUGGACUGUCAAUAGAAAAGUAUUUGAUGUAGUUUCGCAAGUUUGGAACAGAGGUGAAAGCUUCCUGGAUAUUCCAAGUGCCCAAGAAGAAAUGGUUUUACCCUUGGCUCCUCCCAGAAAUUCAGACCCUUCCAUUUUAAGAGCUUGGAAACUACAAGUAAAAACAAUUGCCAAUAAAUUCUCAUCCGAUAGAUCCAAUAGAUGUGAUACAAACUAUAAAUUGGAAAUUGCUAGGGCAUUUUUGGGCGAAAAAUUGUAUUUCCCACAUAAUUUAGACUUCAGAGGACGCGCUUAUCCUUUAUCUCCACAUUUCAACCAUCUUGGUAAUGAUAUGAGUCGCGGUCUUUUGAUCUUUUGGCACGGGAAGAAGUUGGGCCCAUCUGGUCUGAAGUGGCUAAAGAUUCAUUUGUCAAAUCUGUUUGGCUUUGAUAAGUUACGUUUAGAGGAUCGUGUCGCAUUUACGGAAUCCCAUUUAAAUGACGUUAAGGAUUCUGCGGAAAACCCCUUAAGUGGAGAGCGUUGGUGGACAACAGCUGACAAGCCUUGGCAAGCUCUGGCCACGUGUUUUGAGUUGAAUGAAGUCAUGAAAAUGGAUAACCCAGAAGAAUUCAUAUCUCAUCAACCAGUUCAUCAGGAUGGUACAUGCAAUGGUUUACAGCAUUAUGCUGCCUUAGGUGGUGACGUUGAAGGUGCUACUCAAGUUAAUUUGGUUCCAAAUGACAAGCCACAAGAUGUUUAUGCUCAUGUGGCAAGACUAGUGCAGAAACGAUUAGAAAUUGCCGCUGAGAAAGGUGACGAAAAUGCCAAAAUUUUAAAGGACAAAAUAACCAGAAAAGUUGUUAAACAAACUGUUAUGACCAAUGUGUAUGGUGUUACCUAUGUAGGCGCGACUUUCCAAAUUGCCAAACAAUUAAGCCCGAUUUUUGAUGAUCGUAAGGAAAGUUUAGAUUACUCUAAGUACUUAACCAAACACGUCUUUGGUGCUAUUCGUGAAUUAUUCCAUAGCGCACAUUUGAUUCAAGACUGGUUAGGCGAAAGUGCAAAAAGGAUCUCCAAAUCUAUUAGGUUGGAUGUUGAUGAAAAAUCUUUCAAGAACGGUAACAAACCAGACUUUAUGUCUUCCGUCAUUUGGACAACGCCACUCGGUUUACCAAUCGUUCAGCCGUACCGUGAAGAAAGUAAAAAGCAAGUUGAGACAAAUUUACAGACUGUUUUCAUUAGCGAUCCAUUUGCUGUUAAUCCUGUCAAUGCGAGGAGACAAAAGGCCGGUCUUCCUCCAAACUUCAUUCAUUCACUGGAUGCUUCUCAUAUGUUGUUGAGCGCAGCAGAAUGUGGUAAGCAAGGAUUAGAUUUUGCAUCUGUUCAUGAUUCUUACUGGACGCAUGCGUCUGAUGUGGACACUAUGAAUGUGGUGUUAAGAGAACAAUUUAUUAAAUUGCAUGAGAUAGAUUUAGUUUUGAGAUUGAAGGAAGAAUUUGACCAAAGAUAUAAAAAUUACGUCAAGAUUGGAAAAAUAAAGAGAUCAACGGAUUUAGCUCAAAAGAUCGUUAAAAUCCGCAAGGAUUUAUCUAAGAAAUUAGGAAGGAGCACUACAUUAGCUGAUGAAAUUUAUUUCGAGAAGAAAAGGCAAGAGCUAUUAAACAGUCAGCUAGUAGAAGAUAGAAAGGUUGGCGAAAAGAUGGUCACAACGGUGUCGUUAUUCGAGGACGUGAAUGAUUUGGACGCCCUUGAACUAGAAAACGGUGGGGAUGAACAUAGUGGUUCUAGCGUUCUUUUACCGUUAAGAUUACCUGAAAUCCCUCCAAAGGGUGAUUUUGACGUAACAGUAUUAAGAGGCAGUCAAUAUUUCUUUUCAUGA